AUGGGCCCACCAGAUGAGGAGAGAAGACGUGGCAGCAUCACCACCAUGGAGAGCUUUCGUGCAACCAAUGAACGACGUGGCCUUUAUUGGUUGGGGCAAGUUGUUUAGAUGAGGAGUGCGAUAUGUAGCUCUCUCUCUCUCUCUGGCUCUGUGAAUCGAGAGUAGAGGGAAGAUGGCGAGCUACUCCUGCAUCGUUGCUCGUGCGGAUGCGAACUUGUGCUUCCCGACAAAGAGACCGUGCAUUUCUUCGCUUACGGCGGCGACGGCAGCGGCGUCCAGGUGAGGACAGACGGCGCUCGCUCUUCUUCGCCUCCAUUGUAUAGAAAUCACAACCACUCUCCCCUCUUCGAGAAUUCCUGGGUCAGAACACAGCUGUAUUCGAUGCAUUCCAGGAUUUGUGUGUUCUCGAGACGGUUUCUGAGUGCCUUUGGAGGAACCUCUUGCUUCUUCUCUUCGUCGGUUGGAGAUCCCUUGUAUCCUGAUUUCGUCUGGCAGAAAGAGACAACCAAGAGGAAAAUCCUCGUUCGUGGUGACUUGCGACGUCGGAAAAAUUGGCCGCCCCUCGGCCUUUCAUUUUCGUUUUCUUGUGCCACCGAAUCAUAGUUCGGAAGCGUGAAUUGUUCGAACUCCAGCUGUCUUCUUCUGCGUACCGUGGUGGUACGUGCUGUGAACUAGAACAACGUAAUUUUGAAAGGAGAACCUGUCUGUUUAGGGAGAAGAGGCCCAUAGGAAAAUGAAAACUACUUUACUAACAACGAGGGAAAAUCUUUGAUAACUGCAGGAUCGAUUAGUAGAUUGAGGUUGUCAUGUGAUGGCACCGUCAUGGUAGAUAGAAAUCAAUCUCCUGAGUUUUUCUUUGGGUUUCAAGUAAUACGAGAUUCGGUGAAUUUUUCAACAAGCUCUCCUGUUUGAGUCCACAACGUCUGCAUGGCUGAAAUCUUUAUCGAAUGAAAUUUCUUCUCAUAGAUCUGAAAUAGCUAAUAUACUUGUUUUCAGUCGUAAAACAAUGGGUUUGAUCCUAAACAUCUUUGAUAAAUUGGUAUUCACUUCCGUCGCUUCUGAAACUAUUACUAUUUUUUUGUAACUAAUGCUCUUCUCUCCUCUAUCUUGGCAGCAGAUUGCAAAACAAAGGAUUGGAUGUCAGGAGUCUCCCAAGGGGCAGAAGCCAGAUACUCCCGGUUCAGGCAGUUGCUAAUGUACGAACUCAUCCUUUUCAUGCGAUUCCGAUAUGUUUCGUUUGUUGAGAUUAAGGUCCGCCGGGCAUGGAUUGAAUGAUUCUUCAGGAAGAAGACUAAAUACCAUCAUGAAAAUAGGCUCAGCUUAUUCAUUUUUCAUGGUGUUUAUAGUCGCAGGGCUGGUAUUAAUUUAUAUCGUCAGAUGGGAAAAAUUGUCUAGUUGAUAUUUUUAAUUUGAAUAAAUCGAUUUUCAUUGUUUGGCAGAACAUGAUCUAGGAAAUCCGAGAGACUGACUCUUUAACUUUUUUCUAUUGUUUCCUUCAUUUGCUUAUCGUUGUGAUUGGAUAUUUAUUAAUCGUAAAGAACUGUUUUCUUUUCUUCGGAUGAUUGUGAAAGCUGAACCACAAUAUUCCUCGUGUGGUGUUUUGGGAACUUUUUGGAAUUUGAAAACAUUUAUGUGUAGAAACAGAGAUCCUUUUUUUCAUUCAGGACUCAAAUGUGAAAUUUUCAGUGCAUGCAACUCGUGAGCCACUGUUUUAAAAAAAUCGGAAAAUUAUUCACAUGAGAAUUCUAAAGAAGCACCGUCAGCUCUCACUCAAAGAGAAGCGCCCAGAUCCAAGGUUGGCUUGUUGCAUCAAUAAAUCUGUAAAUAUUUGGGGCAUCACAUCAACUUUUGGCUUCUCUGACUCACCAAAUAGUAGUAAAAAAAAUUAACAUGAGAGGAGUCACAUCCUUCUAAUUUGAUGAUGCAUUAUUCUGCGUUGCAAGCAUUUAUUCAGGCGUGUACUUUUUUCUUAUUUGAAUUAUCAUGUUCUAUGAGUAAAAUCGCCUUAGGUCUUUGUUCAGUUCUUGGAAAGAGAAGGGCGCAUACGCCUUUUAUGGGCCUCAGUAUUUAGGCGGCGUGAGGCUGCUAAAAGGAAACCCUCGGAGCAGAGCUGAAGCUUAGGUUCCUUUAACUGUGAUUAUGCCAACUCGUGAAAUCCCAGUCUUUUUAAAACAAGAGUCACGACCAUCAUUUCUUCGUGCAAUCAUUUUUUUUUGUAAAUAUUACUCACUUCGGAGCGCUGAGGAUGCUAGAAUUAUUUAUUCCUCAAUUUUUAGCUGGGUUUUUUAAGAUUCUUGCUUUAUUUUUCAGACAUCUCGAAGGAGAAGAUCUUCCAGUGAUGACGUGGUAAUGGUCGAUCCUUUGGAAGCCAAGCGACUGGCAGCGCAACAAAUGCAAGAAAUUCAGGCAAAGCAGAAACUCAAAGUGAGCAAUUGCUCUGACCUUUCUCUAGAAGCAUGUUGAUGAUUGUUGGAAUUGUGUUUUGUCUCUCCUUUACUGAAUUUCUCUGAUUUUAUUCUCCAUUAUAUGAAUUCUGUUCUUAAAAAGUCAACUUAACUUCCUCAAGAAUGUCAAUAAUAUAAUUAACUUUGACCCUACAAGAAUGUGAGAUUUAUCUGCGCAUUGGAGUGCUUUCUUUUUCUUCCAUAGAUUUCCAUUUCAGUGCAACGAGUUCACUUGGGUCAGCGCUUUGCUCUGGUAAAAUCCCGAGUGGAUCGUCUUUCUUCCAUGUUCCCCGGAUAUCCCCUGAGAACACCCAAUCACCCUUUUCCACGUGGAAAUCAAUGACCGCAAAAAACUCAGAGUUGGGCUUUGAAAGAUGCAUCAGAAACCCACCUCCCCAUCAGGAGUUGACCAACAUAAAAAGUGGCUCUCUCAUGCUUCUUCAUGCUUGGUCCUUUCAUUGGGGUGCAAGUGAUGAGCUCAUCAUCCAUGGUCAACUCUUAAAAGCAUCAGAAACCCACCCUGCCAUUAGGAGUUGACCAACACAAAAACAGGCUCUCUCUUUGAGAGCUUCCUCACGCUUUGUCCUUUCAUUGGUCUGCAAGUGAUCAACUCAUGAAUCACGGUCAACCAAAACUUUACGUCGGUCAAGAACGCAGAUCCUCCCAUAUUUAGUACGGAGAUUCAGCUGAAAUAACUCCCCAGUUCCCUGUAUUUGGGUUGCAUCCUGUCCAGUUCGAUGUCCGUACAUUGAUCUUGACAACAAGAUACGCGUGUGGGUUCAGAGGCAACGCCGGAUCGAAGCCAUCAACGGAGCUUGGGCAGUGAUCGGGCUCACAGCAGGAUUAGUGGUCGAAGUCCAGACCGGAGACAGCAUUCCAGCGCAGGUAAACCUGAUUAAUCUUCUAUGGAAAUUUGAGUAAGUGAGAGAUUUUUAUUCAUCGAUGAAUCGCCGAUCAUCUAGCAGCUGGCGAGGUAUUGGUCGGCCAUCGUCAGCCAAUUUUGGCAAUGGUGA